CGCGUCUCCAGCGCACAUCACACCCUCGUGCUCGCCUCCACUGCACGUUCGGAACUGCUUGCCUAUAUGGAGAGCAGCAAUGGAUGCCUUUGUGAGGAGGCUCCCGGGCGUCGAAAAGGAGAAGGGAAAUGUGCCCGUCGCAAGCGGCGAAUCGUGUCUGGAUCGUCCUGCGAAGCGGCAGAAGAGACGGGAUGAAAUCAAGGACUCGGCAUCAGAGGGGUCCGGUGAAUUUUCCACGGAAGAGGACACGAGGGCGCAAGCCGAGGUCAGAGAAGAACUUGGCGGUGAUGACGAGUUUGCGAGGAACUCGCGGGCAACUGACGUGGAGAACGUCCUGCCACCGACAGAAACCGACGACACCGCAAUCGAGGAAUAUGAACUCCUCAAGUCUUCCCAGAUGAGCAGCGGCGCAGAGGCCGAUGAGGCUAUCGGUACGACCCGGCCUCUCUGGAUCAAGGGACGCAGCUCAAUAUACGUCGAUGCCUUCAAUCUGGCUCUCGAUACCGUACUCGAGGAGGAGUCACAGCUGUUUGACAGCAAGGAGUUGGCAGUGUUCAGUCAAUGGAAGACGCUUGGCUACGAGGCUCAGUAUCUAUACGUACGCCUGUUUCUGCGCAAAACUGCAGCUUGGCAUCGGACCAGCCGCCUGGGCUAUUAUGCAGACGUCUCUGACCCGGAGACGGCCAUAGAGUCACUUCAGAAUCCCAGAAUGCUACCACAAAGCGACGCUACAGAUGCUCACGACCUGAUACCCGGGCUCGAUCUUGAGGACUUCAGCUUAGGGGAGACAUACACAUUUGCGGAUUCCUCUCAAGAGCAGCUGACAUCGGUUGAAGAAGCCGCCUCUUUGCUCUAUCUCGAUGAGUUGAAAGCACUCGCGAAAAGCGCAAAGGUGCAGGGUCACAACAAGGCCGAUUUCAUCAAGGGCCUCUGCCGGAUGAGCCAGAAUCAAGCCGGAUUGAUGUCCCUGGGACUUAACAGGCAUACCAGCGGCGACUCGAACGCCUCUGAGGACUCGGACAGCGUCAAGGCUCUAGACCGGAAACAGGUUCGCAGAGAGGACUCGAACCGUGAACAGCACUUCCUGAACAAGAUUCUAGAUAUUCUCGGUCCGUGCAUUCGCCUAUCCCCUCUCGUGUUCAAGCUUUUCGAGCGAGUCCACCUCGUUUUCUAUCGGUCGACGGAGUGGACAGAGAAGUCUCUCACGACCAUCAUCCUGGCCAAAAUUGCGAGGAGAAACUUUCCGGAGUAUAUUGUCUGCCGGACCUCAACCAUCUUUGCUUCACGAGAUCAUCUUCUGGAGUUUGAGGCUGCAAUACGACUAGAAGCCGAAGUGGAUAACAUAUUAGAGUUUAACGGGCCCCCAACCGAGGCUGGCUUUCAGAGAAUCAUCGACAUAUUCGACAAGGUGUACCCUCGGUGGCAGGCAUAUGUCGUCGAGGAGCACGAUAAAGAAAGGACUGUGUACGAGAUGGGCGAGGGUGCGUACCUUCGUAGGUUCAACCCGGCUCACUCGUACACAAGAAUUAUUCUCAAGGCCAUGUACGUGCUGGGUCGACGGAAGGAACAUACUCGAGAGUAUGAAUUGCUCAACGAGUUGCUCGACCAAAGGCUCUUUCACCUUGCCCGACGUGGGGCUUGGUAUCAGCGCAAGGCUCUCUUAGAGGAGCACUACAUGGCACAGCUCGACGACAACGGCGCAUCGAAGAGCGCAGAUCAUUUGAAGAGGCAUUGGAAACACAUAGCGGUCGCCACAUGCGAAGCUGGUUUACAAGACCCCGACUGUCACCUUAUACAUCACUAUGACCUACAAAAGCGCCUGGUCAAACUGGAGAAGAAGCUACACAUACCGAGGCGACUGCAACACGACUUUGGCCAUGUUCGCCUCGCAGAGCCCAUAGACAUCACCGUCGAGGGCAUCCAGCUGAAGCGAGACGUGGCCCCGAAACCGGGGGCUCUCGCCGCGUCGACCAAAACGAUUUGGCUGGACGAGCUCGAUACCGACGGUGAAUGCAGCGUGGAGGACAUGUGCCUGAGCCACUUCCGAGCUGAAGGCUGGAAGGGCUACCACGCCGAGGGGGGCAUUAUUCGCACUCUCUUCGCGUAUCUCUUCUACGACAUACUAUUCCUCUACAUACCGAACGUGUUCCAGACAGCAUAUCAGACAUGCCCGCUCGAUCUACACACGGACGCGUUCUUCCCCGCGCGAGCGUCAGAAAUCAACCACCGCCUUGUCGAGAUCGCCAACGGAGAGGGCGAGCGUCUACUGCGCGACGUGUGGGAGAGGGAGCACGAGAAGAGAACAGCGACAGUAGGCCUCAAUUGGGACUUUGCCGUGGAGGACAUGGCUGAGCUUGUGCGGUGCUUUGAAGGGAGCGCCCUGGCGGCCAUCUGCAAGGUCAUGGCGCAGGAGUACAAGCACCGCGGCGGGGGCGUGCCGGAUCUGCUCCUCUGGCGACCUGCAGACGGCCGCGCCAUCGACAACCAUGGCGGCGAGAGUACGCCGCGACUCUCGCGCGGGAAGAGCUUAUUACGCGAUACAGCACCGGGGGCGCCGAGGGGCGAAGUCAUGUUCGCCGAGGUGAAGAGCGCCAAUGACCGGCUGAGUGACACUCAGCGACUUUGGAUCCACGUUCUCACGGGCGCCGGGGUCAAGGUUGCGCUCUGCAAUGCUGUCGCCAAGGAGGUGAGAGAUGUGGUUUAGCGAAUUCCUUGCUCAUAUCGGUCUCUUGGGAAAGCUGCAGCGUGCUCGGCGAGCCCGUCUGACCCCCCCCGCCGAGCUGGAGAGGCUGUGUCGCUGCGGAGCCGUUCGACGGAGGAUGCCGCGUCGCAUGUGGUGUGGACCUCGCAUACGAGUUGCUUUGGACCGACGAGUUUACAAGUGCGCUUCACGGAGAGAAUGCAGUAGCGUUCUGCAGCGGUCGCUGCAUCCUGCGUCCCGGGGCGGCCUGAUUCGUAUCGAUAUUGCCACGGCAAGGUUUGGAAGCGCCCGAUAAUUUCACACUGCUGCAACUGCGAUCCGGAGCACAAAGGGAGAUUUGACCGAGAUCCCUGGCCUUGUCCAGUCCAGACGGACCAGGUUGCAAUAGGGGAAAAGAAAAGAAAAAGAGAACAUGCCACGCACGACUGAGAGAUGGUCUCCCCGUCUCGCGAAUUGCAACACCCGCCUGAAUGCCGACGGGGUCGUGGGAGCUGACACCUCUCUCUCUGCCUGGUCGACAAAUACACGCACGACUUGGCGGCUCUCGACACCAAAAUUAGAACCUGUCGAAGAAGAUUCGAUGGCAGGUCGGAAACAGGAUCAGUGGGCCCUUGCCAUGAACACGCGAGAUUUGAAGCCCGUUUUGGUAACAAGGGGCCGCUCCGCGAGAUGAAACGCCCCGACAAUCUCAUGGAGAUGAGAUGGGCCCGCGUUUCACGGCGUCGAGACCGGGGUACGUACUAAUCAACUCCAUCCAUCCGUGUCGGUGAAUAGUACGGAGUACUACGCCAAGAGGUUACGGGCCCAUCUGUGACAUCUCCCGGGACAUGGGACUGAGAUGAGAUGGUCAAAUCACUGCAGGACAUAGUACUCUUCAUACGCUAUAAACGUCAUGUUAUAGCCCCAAGGCACCGACUGCCGUGUCAUCACACGUCGUCUGGGCCGCACAACAGGCCAUUUCCAAGACGGUUUCUUCUUGCGCACUUCAGUGUAGCAACGAGCCCCGUCCUGACCCUCCCGCGCGAGUCCCCCAUCCAUGCGACGGAGGCGCGAGGAUGGGGAAAAGGGGGCGGGGGGGGCUCGUGCCUAAACGGAUAGAGAAGCUGAGGGUGCGGUGUCGGUGCCAUGCGGCCGCAACGCCGUGACGAGAGAGUGCCAGGAUGCAAGAGCCAGUUGCCGGCAUAAGACGGACUGUUUGUGGUGAACGCCUCGUGAGGUCCAAGGCGACCGGGGGUGGACUCGGUUCGGUUGGAACGGGGGCCCGAGUCGUCCUGGUGCGUCGACGAAGAAGCCACAGGUUCGUCUCCUUCGCCCCCCCCGCCCCUUCGAGUUUGUGACGGUCGGUCGAGCAGGAGGGAACGAGAGUGCCGUGCCAUGUGCUGCCUAGUGCGGUCAGUGGACGCGGAUCGUCCGUCACUGGAAGCAGGACGGGAACAGGUGGCGCUGGCAAGCGUUGCCGCAAGGAGGACUUGGCGAUGUGAUCACAAUGGGACCAGACGACCUGCCUGACCGGGGGGGAAGGAUGAGCAAAAGCGGUUGUGUGCUCCAUGGUGCUUUGCCUCGGUUCUCUGUCAACCAGCCGUCGAUUGCCGGGCUGGACGACGUCAACAAAGUCCUGGGCAAUCAUGACCCAUGGCAUGAACGGCAGGGCCCGAUUCUCUGCUUCGCCUCCCCGAGGACCUCUCAGUCCAACCAUUCCAUUGCCUUUGCCUCGUGGCACUGCCCGGUCAGCAAUGGAAGCCCGCGUCAGAAGCACCCGAAGGCGCAGGCAUCAAAAGUCUGCCCUCCAGCGGACGACGACAUUGGCUUGGCCGCUCGGCAGUGAUGGAGAGAGAAACACCACGGCGCUUAAGCAACGACAAGAAGGCUAGGGCGUCGACGCGCAUGGCCAAUCACCACGUCGCGGCGAACAUGGUGCGUGACGAUUUCGCGGGCGGUACGCACCUAAGCGCCGCGACGGGCGGGGCGCGUGGUGGUGCCCCGCCAGCCCGCCAGGGGGGGAAAGGAAUCCAUCACCUUUCAGAAGGCCCCCCCCGCCUGCUUUCCAGGCUGCCCUUCGCGGGGACCAGGGUGCUGGGACGCCAACCAGCGCGCCACAAGGGG